AUGAGUGAUCGACGUGUUUCAUAUUUUUAUAAUGCGGAUGUCGGCAAUUUCCACUAUGGCGCAGGACAUCCUAUGAAGCCGCAACGUCUAGCUGUCACACACAGCCUCGUGAUGAACUAUGGCUUGCACAAAAAGAUGAAAAUCUAUAGACCUUAUAAAGCUAGUGCCCAGGAUAUGCUGCGUUUUCAUAGUGACGAAUACAUCGCCUAUCUACAGCAAGUGACGCCACAAAACAUACAAUGCAAUUCUGUUGCCUACACAAAGUAUCUUGCACAUUUCAGUGUGGGUGAAGAUUGUCCCGUCUUUGACGGCCUCUUCGAUUUUUGUUCCAUGUAUACUGGGGCUUCUUUAGAAGGAGCCCAAAAACUAAAUCAAAAUCACAGCGAUAUUUGCAUUAAUUGGUCCGGUGGCUUGCAUCAUGCUAAGAAAUUUGAGGCUUCUGGGUUUUGUUACGUUAACGACAUUGUCAUAGGCAUAUUGGAGCUGCUUAAAUAUCAUCCCCGUGUGCUUUACAUUGACAUAGAUGUGCACCAUGGGGAUGGCGUGCAAGAAGCGUUCUAUUUGACGGAUCGAGUGAUGACAGUUUCGUUUCAUAAGUAUGGCAACUAUUUCUUUCCCGGCACUGGUGAUAUGUAUGAGCUAGGAAACGAGUCGGGACGAUAUUAUAGCGUAAAUGUGCCGCUUAAGGAGGGCAUAGAUGAUCAAAGUUACUUUCAGGUUUUUAAACCAAUUAUAUCAGCGGUUAUGGAGUUUUAUCGACCCACUGCUAUUGUUCUACAAUGUGGCGCAGAUUCACUGGCUGGCGAUCGUUUGGGCUGCUUUUCACUGAGUACCCGUGGCCAUGGAGCCUGUGUAAAGUUUGUCAGAGGUCUGAACGUUCCAACAUUAGUCGUUGGUGGCGGUGGGUAUACAUUACGUAAUGUGGCGCGCUGUUGGACACACGAAACGUCACUGCUCUUGGAUCAGGAAAUAGCAAAUGAUUUACCCGUAACGGAAUAUUACGAUUUCUUUGCUCCUGAUUUUACGUUACAUCCCGAUGUAAACUCACGACAGGACAAUGCAAAUUCAAAGCAGUACUUAGAGAUGAUCGUAAAGCAUGUUUAUGAAAAUUUGAAAAUGUGCCAACACUCACCAAGCGUACAAAUGGUGCAAACGCCACCGGACACAAUUGACUUGGAGGAACUGCGCAUGAAGGAGGAAACAGAUCCCGAUGUGCGCGUUUCACAAGCCGAUGAGGACAAACUUAUCGAACCGAAGAAUGAAUUCUACGAUGGUGAUCAAGAUCAAGACAAGCCAGAUUCAGUUGAAAGUUAGAAGCUGUAAGCAUUAUUUAUCUCAUAAGCUAGCAAUUGUUAAGAGAAAUUAUUUCGAUAAAAUAGCAUGUAAUUGGCUUUAAAAUUAGACACGUGUAUUUAUAUAUAUUGCCUUUUAGAUGGGAUGAACAUAAAGACCUACACAGAUCGAAGAUAAUGAAAA